AGAUAUGAAGGUGUACCCGAUUGGGCAGCAGGUAGAAAAAAUAAAGAAAUUUAUUCUAGUAGGGAUGAAGGGGAUAAAGAUGAUGAUGAUGAUGAUAAUGAAGAUGAUGAAGAUAAUAAAGAUGAUGAUGAUGGUGAUUAUAAUGAGGAUGAAGGUGAGGAUAGUAAUGAUUGUGGUGGAAAUGGGGGUGACAAAGCAAGUGGUAAAAGACCAGCUUCUGAUAUUAUAGUGGAACGACCAAGUAAACGAAUAGUUUAA